AUGCCUCCCCAAGGAUUUCCCCAACAUGGCAAGCGCUUCGAGCCUAAGAAUAUGCUGUUCCGGUACCUGGGCAACACAGGACUCAAGGUUUCCGUGUUAGGAUUAGGAGGAUGGCUCACGUAUGGAAGUGACGCAGGAGUCAAAGGCGUCGAACAGACUGCUGAAUGUCUUCAAAAAGCAUGGGAUCACGGCAUCAAUUUCUUCGACACGGCUGAAGUUUACGCUGAGGGAAACUCAGAGAUUAUCAUGGGGAAGGCUUUGAAGCAGUGUGAUUUUGAACGCGAUGAUUUCGUGAUUGCUACAAAGUUGCAUUUUGGUGAUGGAAAUGGAUUCCCAAACAACCAUGGUCUAUCACGCAAGCACAUCAUAGAGGGAAUGAAACGCUCCCUCACACGACUCCAACUGGAGUCCGUAGAUGUAGUCUACGCGCAUCGUGCGGAUUUCUGGUGCACGCCCAUGGAAGAAACUGUUCGUGCGUUUAACACCAUCAUUGAAAAAGGCCAAGCCCACUAUUGGGGAACCAGCGAAUGGUCUGCGUUCGAGAUCGAACAUGCUCAGCACGUUGCCACGCGAUUAGGACUUCAAGGUCCUGUCGUGGAACAACCGCAAUACAACAUGUUUGUGCGUGACCGAUUUGAGAACGAAUAUGCUCCGUUGUACAAACUGUAUAACUAUGGAACGACGGUCUGGUCGCCUUUAUACCAGGGGAUCUUAACGGGAAAGUAUAAUGAUGGGAUUCCUGAGGAUUCACGAUACGCUACUAUCUCCAAGAACGACGCUACGAAGUUCGAGAGCGAAGUGACGAAAGCGCAGAUUGCAAAGGUUAGAGACCUAACGAAGAUAGCUGAGAAAUUGGGUGGCUCGAUGGCUUCGCUGGCUCUGGCUUGGGUUAUCAAGAACCCUCAUAUCUCGGUUGCAAUCUUGGGCGCUACGAAGGCAUCUCAGAUCGAGGAUAAUGUGAAAUGUCUUGAGCUGUACCCCAAGAUGACGGACGAGAUUAUGCAGGAAAUUGAGGAUAUUUUGGAAAACAAACCUAAAGUCCCAGGAACUAUUCCUCCUACAAGGAUGGCAAUGACUAUGAAUGAGGCGCUCAAAUGUCAACAUUCAUUCCCAAUGGCGCCUGAUGAACAAAUACUGAAGCGAAAGCGCUCGCGGCCCUCCCAAUGGUGGGCAGCUGUCCCGUCCCCGAAUCAAUCAGCAACUUCUGUCGCUCCUGUUUCGCACCCCGCGAAGAAGAACAAGUCCACAGAGACUAGUCGACCUACAACGUACGAGAGCUCUGCGAAAACAGUAUCUGAAGUGACGUCGAAAGAUCCAGAAGAUGUAGAAGUCCAGAGUACCCCGCCAAAUACUGGCCGGGAGGUAGAAGGGAAUUCAUCCAAGUCAGUUUCAUCGGCCCAAUCGUUGAACAGUACUGCCCAAAAUAUAAGGAGGCUGGAAGAUGUAUCGGCAGAUAAUGAGGAUCACUCAGAACUUAGAAGUGGGAAGAGGAAGAGGGCCGGACCAACAGCUUGGUGGGCUGCGAAUUCUGCAAAGGAGAGGGCCGAGGAGUUGAAUGGCCCGAUGACUACCAAGGGGAAUGAAGGGUCAAAGGGAGGGCAUCAGCAAUCAACAAAUACCUCACAAACUUCUACCGUUAUCGACCUGUCGGCGGAGGAUGUCUUGUCUACUGCUGAAUCCGCGGAGCCUUUAGUAGAUUCAAGCUCAGAGCGCCAGCCAUCCAGAAGGAAACGAGUUCCACCUCCAGAGUGGUGGGCAGUAAAUACGUCUACACCAUCGAAAGAAGCCACGCCAUGGAAGAAGGGAAAUAAAACACAGGUUAAAAAGCCAUCUACAGGCGUAUUGAAAGAUGUGACCUCACGCGGAAACAUGGUGAAGCAGCCGAAGCCGACGGAAUCUGGUGAUGUUUUCGAAAAGCAUCCAAAAGCUCGUGGUACGCAGCGCGGUAGAGGGCAAGCAGCCGCAAGUGUUCAGAGCAAGACCAAAGUCGUGAAACACCAACGGGGCACACCACCGAAAGUUUUAGAUAAAGCUCCAACACCGUUGAGAAGGGGUCGCUCGUCAAGAAACGAAGCGGAGAUACAGGCGGCUGCAAUGAGCUCAAGUUCUUUGGCGUCGUGUGUUGAGCAUGGGGAUGCUGGGAUGUCCGAACCGCACCACACUAGCUCAAUUGAAUCGAAUGGAAGAAGUGAAAAUCAAUUGGAAAGCGAAGAAAUCUUGGAAGUACAGACAGCUACGUCCAAUUUCGGCAGAGGUAAAGCCAGGACAGGAGGGCACGUAGAGCCAGCUCAUCAAUCACGUACAAUCCAGAAAGCUCCAAAUUCGAAAGGCCAGCGCGCCCAAACAAAGUCCAAUAAAGCCCCCGUCAAGUCAAAACAUGUCUCCAAGUCGACACACAGAGAACCAGAGCAGGCUUCGGGUCUGCGAAAUUCUCGAAACCCUAAGAAAGCCGUAGAAACAACGCAGCCCAGCUCUGAAAACGCUCAAGUUGGUAGAGCUGACAGUCCAAUUGACGAAACGCCCCAAUUUCAACACCUGGCUGCAGUAAAACGAAGAGUCAGUCGUGCCACGAUCGAAGAGAAAUGGGAGGAAUUGCCACCUAACUGUGUUGAGCUCAUUAAUCAAAUGCUUGUCAACAGUCAGAGAACAGUAGUGGUACGCCUAGGUAAUCAAGAUAGGAGAGCUCAGGCAGACACGGCCUUACAGACGAUUUCACGCAAAUUGCUCAAAAAAGUGUCGAAAGGGCUACCUUUUCCAAGAGCUGUUGGUCGCCAACGCGAGGAUGACUUUGAUUUCGAGAAGAUUAUUGAUCGAAACCAGCGGCUCGAAGGUCAACUCAACUCUGAGCUAGACGCAAAUAAGCUGUUAGACGAGUCUCUCACCAAAGAGCUCGCUCUCCUAGAGUCUGAAAGGGAAAUUCUGGCAGAUCUUGAAACCAAUGCAAAAACCCAAUCUUCACAGAGAAAAGCCGGUUCUGCCAAACUUCAUCCAUUCCUCCAAUCGGCUAGCUCCCCGGAAGUUGAUGGUAUCGAGGUUUCCAGCAGUUUGGGAGCGCGAGCGAUGCCUAGCUUGGGCUUUUCCACCGAUGAAAAUCUUCAAAUGGUUGUUCGAGAUCUUGAAGGCCACGUUGACAGCCUGCAGGGCAACUUCAAGCCACUCAGUGCCUUGCCUGAAGCAAUGGCGAAAGCCAAAGCCGCUGUACAAAUCACGAUUCUCGAUCAUCUUGGAAGUACGAAGUGUGAAGAAGUUGUUUUGGGUUUAUGA